CCUCUCCAAAUUUCAAACUUCAAACUUGUACACACUUGUCUCUUCACUUUUCGAACAGAAACCGCGUUUUCUUUCUUUCAACUCUGUCAUUUUCCCCAUUUCUCUAUCCGAUUUCCCCAUCCUGAACCAUCAUAGAAGCUACCUUCUUCGUCUUCGUUUGCUUCUUCUUCUUCAAAACCCCAUGUUUUGAAAGUCAAGUUAUGGUUUUGGUAGCUAGCUAGGAGGAAGUUGUUGAGUGAGCGAGCUUACCCACAUGGCUGAAAGCGGUGAGGAGAAGUUAUUGGCAAUGGCGCGCCACAUAGCAAAGACGUUGGCUCAAGAUAACAGCAUGGCUGAUGAUAUUCUGAAAAUAUUCUCUAACUUCGAUGGAAGAUUCUCCCGGGAGAAGUUGUCGGAGAUAAGCGGCAGAGAUCAUCGUCGAGGCUAUGCUUCUCUUGAAAAUACCCUCAGCUCUCUAGAUCGUCGGAUCUCACACUAUGUUUCAUUCGAUCAGCCGAUCUGGGCUGACUCAGCUGACGCUGCUGCCUUUCUCGAGGCCAUCGACGAGUUGAUUGCUACACUCGGCGAGUGGAGCCCCAUGGCGGCGGAUGAGACUGUUGGUGAGUUCUUGGUACGCGCCGAUGACAUGCUUCAGCAGGCCAUGUUUCGUGCAGAGGACGAAUUCAGAUCUCUGAUUGAAAGCGGAGGCGAGUCGUUUGACUUGACUCGGGCAGACUGGAAAAAUGAGUCAACUCGCAACCUGCCUUCUGACUCGGAGGAGGACGAAGAUGCUGAAGUCGAAGCGAUUUUAAGAAACGAUGACGAUGACGAUGACCCGAUUCCAUUGGCCAGGCCGGUGGCUGAUUACGACGUCGUAGUUGAUGCUCUGCCUUCUGGAACAAUCCAGGACCUUCACGAAAUAGCGAAACGCAUGGCGGCUGCUGGGUUUGGGAAGGAGUGCGCUCACGUGUAUAGCAGCUGCCGAAGAGAAUUUGUAGAGGAGAGCUUGUCCCGAUUAGGGUUACAGAAGCUAAGCAUUGAAGACGUUCACAAGAUGCCAUGGCAGGAGCUCGAAGAUGAGAUUGCAAGAUGGAUUAAAGCUUCCAAUGUUUGUCUUCGGAUUCUAUUUCCCAGUGAACAACGAAUCUGCAAUCGCGUCUUCUUCGGGUUCUCAUCUGCUUCUGAUAUCUCUUUUAUGGAGAUUUGCCGAGGAUCAACACUUCAGCUACUCAAUUUCGCUGACGCCAUCGCAAUCGGGAGCCGGUCACCAGAGCGUUUAUUCAGAAUCUUGGACGUGUUUGAGACCCUGAGGGACCUGAUUCCCGAAUUCGAAUCCUUGUUCUCUGAUGAGUACUCUGUGUUUUUGAGAAACGAAGCAAUCACUAUCUGGAACAGAUUAGGUGAAGCAAUUAGAGGCAUUUUCAUGGAACUGGAGAACCUGAUCCGUCGUGACCCAGCAAAAGCAGCAGUUCCUGGUGGUGGGCUUCACCCAAUUACCCGCUAUGUGAUGAACUACCUCCGAGCAGCAUGUCGUUCUCGCCAGACCCUCGAGCAGGUUUUUGAAGACAAUGGGCCACCACUGAAAGACUACACGAAGCUUGACGAAAACAAUGCAGCAACAUCUUCACUUUCUGUGCAAAUGGCAUGGAUCAUGGAAUUAUUAGAGAGUAAUUUGGAAGCCAAAUCCAAAAUUUACAAAGAGCCAGGAUUGUGCUCUGUUUUCAUGAUGAACAAUGGGAGGUACAUAGUUCAGAAGGCUAGAGAUACUGAACUCGGAACCCUUCUAGGUGAUGACUGGAUCCGAAAACACACGGCGAAGGUCCGGCAACACCAUGUAAGCUAUCAAAGAAGCUCAUGGAGCAAGGUCCUGGGUUUGUUGAAACUAGAAAGUGGAUCAUUAUCGUCUAAUAUAGUUGUAAAAUCUAUGAAGGAGAAGAUCAAAUAUUUCAACAUGCAGUUUGAAGAUAUAUGCAGGGUUCAAUCUUCAUGGAUUAUCUAUGAUGAUCAACUUAGAGAAGAGAUAAGAAUUGCUCUGGAAAGAAUACUGCUUCCUGCGUAUGGGAACUUCAUUAACAGGUUUGAGAAUAUUGCAGAACUUGGGAAGCAUCCUGAGAAGUAUAUCAAGUAUGGCGUGGAGGACAUUGAAGCUAAGCUUCAGGAUCUAUUUAACGGAAAGUGUGGAUCAGCUGGUAGCCGAAGGGGAAGAUAACCUUUAUGCACCCCACGUGGGCGGGAAAAAGAAGUUACUUUAUUGUUGUGUAUAUGUAAAAAGUUACAGUGCGUGAUAGAAAAAGUUUUUGAUUAUCAUAGCUCAAACAGUGCUGCCACAGAAAUGAAGGAUUUGGGGUCCUGAAAUGUAUUAUGCAUACAAUAUUGUAGGAUUGGAAUUUUUUUUCUUGGGUCAGCAUCCCUUUUUGGGGAGAAUAAUUUUUGUAAAAACAUACCAAGUUAUCUUAUGAAACAUAAUAAAGUGGACUUCAUCUGAGAUUAUAAUUUA